AACGAACUGAUGGAUGAAGAUGAGAAGGACAGGGCAAAGAGGGCAUCACGCAACAAAUCCGAAAAGAAGAGGAGAGACCAGUUCAAUGUCCUCAUUAAAGAGCUUUGCACGAUGCUACAGGGCCAUGGCCACCCUCUCAAGAUGGACAAGUCCACAAUACUGCAGAGGACCAUCGACUUCUUACAGAAACAGAAAGAAAUCACAGCACAGACAGAAGCCUGUGAGAUUAGACAAGACUGGAAGCCUUCAUUUCUUAGCAACGAGGAGUUCACCCAGUUGAUGUUAGAGGCACUAGAUGGCUUUCUCAUUGCCCUUACCACUGAUGGGAUUAUUAUUUAUGUAUCUGAUAGUGUUUCAUCUCUGCUUGGACACUUACCGUCAGAUUUGGUGGACCAAAAUAUAUUAAACUUUCUGCCUGAGCGGGAGCAGAGCGAGGUGUACAAGCUCCUUUCUCCACAUGUGCUCAUGACAGAUCCUGUUGCAGCUGAUUUUCUGAACGCAGAAAAACAAGUAGAAUUUUGCUGCCAUUUAGCAAGAGGCAGCUUAGAUCCAAAUGAACCCCUGAUGUAUGAAUAUGUGAAAUUUGUAGUGGAUUUUAAGUAUUUUACUCAUGUGCCUACACCCUCCUGUAAUGGCUUUGAGUCAGCUAUUGCACGAGCUUUCAGGUCAGCCACGGAGGAGCAGAUUUGCCUUGUAGCAACUGUUCGUCUUGUCACACCACAGUUCUUAAAGGAGCUCUGCAAUGUUGAAGAGCCAUGUGAAGAAUUUACAUCAAGGCAUAGUUUGGAAUGGAAGUUUUUAUUCUUGGACCACAGGGCUCCACCUAUUAUAGGAUAUUUACCUUUUGAGGUUCUGGGAACGUCAGGGUAUGAUUACUACCACGCAGAUGACCUGGAACUUCUUGCUAGGUGCCAUGAACACUUGAUGCAGUUUGGGAAGGGAAAGUCCUGUUACUAUCGGUUCCUGACCAAAGGCCAGCAAUGGAUAUGGCUGCAGACACACUACUACAUCACCUACCACCAGUGGAAUUCCAAACCAGAGUUCAUCGUUUGCACUCACCUGGUAGUUAGUUAUGCAGAAGUUCGAGCUGAAAGAAGGCGAGAUCUGGGCCUUGAAGAAUCAUCAAUUGAACUGGCAUCCUCUUCUCUAAAGAGCCACAGCAGCUACCUGGACGUGGGGCAGUGCGGCAGCAGCCAGGACGCCAGCCGGGAGGGAGUGUCGCUGUCAUCCCACAGCUCCCGGCGCUCCUCGCACACAGCCCUCUCCGACUCUGCGUCCACCUCAUCCAUGCGACACACGGACACCAGCACACCCACCCGGCCAGGGGGACAGGCGGAGAAAACAGCCCUGCGCCUGGCAUCAGCUGGAAACACUCAGGCCAUAGCCACUGCUCAAGCCCAAGCCCCUGGUGAACAUCCCGUGGCUCAGCUGGCAGUCCCCUCUCAGCACACUGUGAUGCCAGUGUACCAUUUCCCAACACAGCUGGGGAUGAUGCAUCAGCUGAAAGAGCAGCUGGAGGAGAGGACUCGCAUACUGCAAGCUGACAUCAAGACACAGCAAGAAGAGCUCCAUGUCAUCAAGGAGCAGCUCCAGCUAGUGCAAGACUCCAAUCUGCAGAUGCUGAUGCAGCAGCCAGUCCCUGUUGUGCUUAACAACGUGCAGCACCCGAGUCCCAGGAGGCCACUGCAACCAGCAGGGACACCCAAGCAGACCACAGCCAAGAAGUCACAACAGCAAGGCCUUACGGGGACGAAACACUACCGCAGCACCCACCUGCCAUCACCGCACCCGUUCCUCAGGGACCCCUGCAGCACAGCCACCCAGGUACAACAGCAACAGCACCUAAUGAGAGGAAACCAAGCCCAGCAAACCUGUCUGCCAGGGCAGACGAGCAUUUCAGUGCCCCUCUACAACAAUCCCAUGGUGCUGUCACAAACACAUCCCAUUGCAGUGGCUGCACAGAUGCCAGCUGACAGCAGUGAGAGGCAGCCUGACUAUAGCCAGGACAGGAGCCUCAGGAUGCUGCUGGAUCAGUCUAUCCAAGCCAUGAUGCCCACCACCAACAGCAGUGGCCAGUCCACACAAAGCAGUGCCAGCAGGCAGCAAGGAAAAUUCGUUGCAGAGCAGCAGAUCUUGCCUCCUCCAAUACAGAUGCAACCAGUCACCUGUAGCACUGUCCGACCUCCAGCCCCAUCGCCAGUUUUCUCCCCGUCUCUGAUGAUCCCACACAGCAGCUUCACAUCCCACCAGGCAAGCACCCCAGUUCAUCUCCACCAGUGGCCACAGCAACACAUCCAGCAGCACCGACUCUACCUUCAGAUGCAAGGUCCUGAGAUGGUGCCUGGGGGUCCAACCCCACGCAUUUUCCAGCCCCCCCAUACCCCACAGCAGAACCCCCUGAGCUACUUCCUCCACCCGCAGCAGCAGAGCCGCCACACACAGAGCCAGGCCUGCAACCUGCCAGACCUGCACCCCGAGAUGCAGCUGCCCUGA